CAGUGCGUCCGCGGAUCCGGUCACCAGCAUUCAUUUCCUGGCCUGGGAGUGGGACUAACAGUAACAAAAGAUGCCGAUCUAUAAUACUAGCUAUGCCGUGCAAAGCCGACGUUUGCUGUGACUAAACUGCUUUUCAGUUCGUAUUAUUUUACUACACUGUACGUUGGAAGAUUGACCUGCCCUUUCAUUUCUAUUCGCAGCGUGUACUACAAACGUCGUUGGCCCAGCUGUGCAUGCCAUCAGGCAUCAUCAUUGUGUUUUCUGCAGAGCGCGUGGCCGUGGGUGAGGUCGAGGGUGUCUAACUAACUACAUUGUUUACUGUUAGUGUUACUUCGACUCGAGUAACGACAAUCACCCGGAUGAGGUUGUAACGCUCUGCUAAACCACGCGUCAUUGUCGUCAACUCCUAGAUCCUGCAGUGACAGACCUGCCGUAUGGUCCCUACUGCUGCGCACGGUGCACGGAUCACCAGGCUAGCAGUCUGCAGUCGUGAAACAGGUGUUGGCCGCCGCCGACAGCCGCAUUCCUGGUGUUGCUCUGUCUCCACCGCUCGCUGAGCUUUGGUCCGGAUCGGAGCUCCUGGGUCAACGAGCCGUGACUCGUGAGCCGUGUCCCAGUUAGAACCUACCAACUUGCUAGUUUAGGGCCUUCAAAGCGGGCCGUUUCGGACGAGAAACAUGCUUUCUUCUCCGUUGACAAUGAGGCGGAGAGCAUCGUCACAGCGGACCAGUGCGGAUCCAGUACCGCGCAGUGGUCCACCGAGGUCAUGCUACGUUGCCGUGCUGGGGUGCAGUGGACCGCGCUCGGAAUCACAAACUGGCGUUGGAAAGUCGGCGCUGUGUGCGCGCUUCGUCAAUCCGGGCCUGGAUGCUUACAACGCAGUGAAGCCGGACGUGGACGAGUCGGUUCUGGCAUGGAUGGACUUCGUCGAACCGGAGAUCAACCAGGAACACUUCCUCUACUAUGGCAGUUCAGCGCGGAGGCUGUCAGGCAACACGACCGCUGUGAUUCACGUCGUGGAGCAGACAGAGUUUCUGGACGAGGUAUCAGUUGGCCACACAGCGUAUCCAACACCUGGCACGUACCUGCAACGUGCCACCAUGAGAUAUCUGCAGUCACCAGGCAAGAUUGCUUAUACACGACGGGGUAACAUUGGUGCGGGCAUGGCAUCGGGUGCAAAGCCUCUACCAACAGCCCUGUCCAGCAAAGGUCUCUCCGGCUACGUUCUCGUGUACGAUCCGACCGCACGCGACGACCGAAAGCAGCAGCAGCUUACACUGCUGGCAAAGCUGGUCGAGAGACUGCCUCGUGAUCUACCAAUCAUACUUGCGAUCACCAAAUGUGACUCUCUUGCCGGUGGUCAACUCGACCGGCUUGCCCAGGAACACGAGGAGCUAGCACGGUGCCUUCAGCAGCGCAAUCGUGCGUUUCCCGUCGUGCACGUUUCGGCCGAGAUCGGGGUCAACGUGGACCUGCUGUUCAUGCUGCUAGCUUCAAGAGCGCUUGGAGUAGAAAUCGGCACGGGUAGUGACCCGUCCGUUGGCGUGUCGUCCUACCAGGAAGCACACGCGGCACGUCACACGGAAAUCCGUGAGCUGCAACGAGAACUGUCCGGUGCUGUGAUGGACCUGACGCAGCAGUUCCAGACGCGCUGGCAUCCUGUUUACCAGGUACUGCGGCGCAUGCCGGCGUACCGACGUCUCAGCGAUCUGGAGGGCUACGAGGGUGUGCGGCGCCUGUUCCUCGCACGUCUGCUGGAAAUCAAGAUGGAGGAUUUGAAGAACAAGAAGGAGACGACUCCCCCGCCGCCGUCUUCAGGACAUGAAAGUGAUGCGGAGAUUGCGGACAUUAUGGCCGAUGAGGACGAUGCCAGAAUAACAAUCGCAGCCACCACCGUCACCGACAAUCAGCCAGGAAAACGACAGAAGACAAUGUACGAGGCUCUGGAGAAAUCCCUUGAGCAGCAUCCAGAUGUGAAAUGUGAUGCUAAGCAGGUCUCAGAUAUUUAUGAAGACUUGGAGGCGGUCAAGGAAGCAAGGACUUGGCCACGGCAGAGUACUGCAUUGGCUCGCGUUCGUGACAGUCGUGGCGCGGUCUACUUUCCGAUAACGACCGAGGGGAGCGACAGGUCAGCCACAUUGCCAUCGAAUGACGGCAAGCAGAGACACGGCUCGUGUCCUACAUUUCGCAAGGACCGGCCGACCACUCUGGUCCUUGAUGCCGAUGGCCCUCCAAGCAAUGCAUCAACACCACCAAAGGUUGAGGUCCUAAGCCAAUCUUGGGAUGACAUGCCAGAGAUAUCCCAGACCCACACAUCGCCACGGCUCAACAACAAGAAUCAAAGUCGACCACGAUCGGUGUCACCUCGCCACAGAAGCCGCGGACUGCUCAAUCGCUUUCGCAAAACGCCAAGCCCCUCGCCGGCAUCUUCUGCCGACAAGCCAGACCCGGUCCAAGCUGCCCAGGAAGCCGUGCUUGCUGGUGAGGAGAAACAGCAUGUGGAGGUACGUCAUACUCGGUCUCAUUCACUGCAAAUGCCGCAAAGCAAUGAGCUGUCUCCGAGUCAGAGCAUGCCCACCGUGUCAGUCACUAGCGAGGAUAACAGUAAGACUCCUGGCCUCAAUAAUACGACGUUAUCAUCAGCAAAAUCCUUGCCCUACCUUCCCAUCGUCAUCCCGCUGAAACCGAACCUUGUCCCGCGACAUGCUCGGAGUGCCUCGAUGCACAACCCGGCCAUGCGAGUCAGCAGCACAGACAGCGGCUCGUCUCGGCAGCAUUUUCCAUUGGCUAUGGACCGACGAUCUCCAGCACCGGUGCAGAAAAGUCCGUACAUGCAGUACGGCAUGUCCAAUAUCUACGCACAACCUCUGAAGAAAAUACCUGUACCCAAAGACGUUCCAUCUCCGAUCUACCGAGAGUUGGAAGCUGCUGUUGCAGAUCUACACCUGCCAACAGGCGAAAACACUGCGCUGGAUGCCACCAACAUCAUUUUCAAGCCCGCUCCUGUCUAUGCCGAGUUGGAAGCAAAUGCGGCAGAAAUGGCUGUGGAGAGAACAGUUGAACAACCUCAAGAAGACAUAGACCCGCUGCUGAAUACCCUGGUAUAGUUGCUCUCAUGCUUGCCAAAGUGUUCCCUGCUGCUGCUGCUGCUGCCGCCGCUGCCGCUGCUGCUUGGCUUGAGUGCAGAUUGCUGUUGCUACUCAGUUAGCGCUAAUCAUUUCAAUUGAGCUUGAAUGUAACACUCAUCACUAUACAACCGGCUUAUCACAAGUUCAUUUCGCUCAUGUCAUAAAUAAUAAAGAUAAAUAAUAGUUUAAUGGUGCCGGUUGGCUAAUGUACGGUAACUUAAAAAAUGUCACAAUGGCUUGCACUAGGGUGCCGGCACUUCCCGUAAUCAUACGCUAAUUCUACUACAUUAGAAACUACCAGUAUCAAAACUAUCCGUGCGGGGUACCCCUUGCCCCACUUUCACUUACAUUCGGCACACCUACGCACACUCACAAUCUCUGCAUCUAAUGAUCUACCGUAUUUCCCAGAUGUCUCUACUACUUCCAGUCAGGCCAAGUAAAAUCUGUUGAGGCCCACGUUGGUGUCAGUGGGGCCGCUCUAUUCCUUGAUGUAGUGUAGCAAGAGCCUGUUGUGAUGGCAUCAACAUGAUUGCCACACUGAAUGACCAAUGACCAAUGGUACUAUCUAUACCCUACAGGUUUACACACGGUGACUCAUUGUACGGCUUUACUGCCUUGCUGCAGCAGAUUAUAACUUGAUUACAAAUUACUCCGUAGGCCCGAUAUUGAUCAACGAUUUCCAUAACACGAAUCUACAUGUGCUUUGUGUCUAUUAUCAAGAGUCCAUAAUCCCCUCCCCCUCCAUGACUCUUGCUACUUCGAAGUAUUAUAUUGGCGAUCCUUACAGUACAAUGAAACUUUUAGUUCAGCUGUUUAAUAGCAUGCUCAUCUCGCUCCAGUUUGAUAUUUCAACUUAUAAUCAACUUCUAAACACAGCUUUCCAUUGUUGUUCACUGCACUUUAUGCCGCCUCAGUAACACUGAUCUGUAGUCUGUACGAUUGGUGGGUGAAUGUUAUUGUCUUUCUCUUUUAUUGUCUUUUCAUCAUUGUCUUUCAUCCUGUUACUAUAGCAAUCCAUUCCCUGAAUUCUGACGGUACCUGUACUGGCACUGGGUACUGGCAAGAUGAGGAGUGAGUUGCGUUUUUUUCCUACAUGGGUAGACCGUCAAGCCGGGUUUAGCAACCAUGCAUUUGGUCUCGGUAUGAUCACUUUUUUUUCUUCUUUUGCACUCACCCAUUCAAUGUGGUGAAUGUACAAUUAGUAGCUGAAUUAGGAGAUGCUACUUUCGGAUA